AUGAACAUUCUGUAUGUGUGGUACCACCCGAAGUUCUCGGCUGCUCGGCUCUCGUCGGGUGUUCGGUACCACCCCCAAAUUGAUUCAUCACCGCCCUCCUGGACGAACGAGUGGCGGACGAGACAGUGGGCAGCAUUUCUGAAAAAGGAAACACCACCCCAUGGAAGAAGUUUUCAACUAACAAAUUCCGUGGAAGCAGUGGGCAGCAUUUCUAAAAAAGGAAACACCACCCCGUGGAAGAGGUUCAUUCAGCGAUUUCCGUGGCAGCAGUGGGCAGCAUUUCCGACAAAGGAAACACCACCCCGCGGAAGAGGUUCAUUCAGCGAUCUCCGUGGCAGCAGUGGGCAGCAUUUCCGACAAAGGAAACACCACCCCGUGGAAGAGGUUCAUUCAGCGAUCUCCGUGGCAGCAGUGGGCAGCAUUUCCGACAAAGGAAACACCACCCCGCGGAAGAGGUUCAUUCAGCGAUUUCUGCGGCAGCAGUGGGCAGCAUCUCCGACGAGGAAACACCACCCCGCGGAAGAGGUUCAUUCAGCGAUUUCUGCGGUAGCAGUGGGCAGCAUCUCCGACGAGGAAACGCCACCCCGUGGAAGAAGUCGUCAUUCAGCGAUUUUCGCGGCAGCAGUGGGCAGCAUCUCCGACGAGGAAUCACCACCCCGUGCAAAAAUCUUCAACAUCGGAACUAGGGCUUCAACAAGAGGGAGUCAGCACACGUUCAGCUACACUCUUAUCGUGGACGAGUGUAAACCAUUGAGAGGAGAAAGAAACGAUUUUAACGAAACUCAAUACCAGAUAGAGCAACUUGAAAAGGGAGCCGCAGAAGCCUAUGAAGGCUGCAGAUCGGAAUUUGAAAUUCGUUAUUGCGAUGUUGUGUGUCUUAUAAACGAUAUUAUAGAAAAAAGUCUCGCGGUUUCGGUUCCAUCGACUUCCUUAUUGCUUAACCCUACGGACGGUAAAAAUCCACGAGAUUCUAAUGACAGCAUGCAAUUGAAUCUACCUGUUUUAAAUAUCAAAUCAUUUAGUGGCGAUUACAAAGAAUGGUUAAAUUUUGAAAAUUCGUUCAAAUCGGUGAUAGAUGAGAAUAAGGCGUUAAAUAAUCGUCAGCGAUUUCAGUAUUUAAAGUCUUCCUUGCGCGACGAAGCCUUGCGUACCAUCGAAUCUUUAGUUAUUAACGAUGAAAAUUAUAAAGAGGCAUGGAGAUUACUAACUAAUCGGUUCAAAAAUACUCGUUUAAUAGUGCAAGAUCACGUAAUGUCCAUUUUAAAUGCUCCUAGUAUAAAUAAGCAAUCACCAUCCUUAUUGCGGGCUCUUGUCGAUACGGUGGUGUCGAAUUUAACAUCUCUAAAAUCAUUAGGAAUAACGGUGGACAAAUGGGAUGCAUUACUUAUUCCUGUCAUUGUAGAAAAGUUGGAUUAUAGUACAAAACGUGAAUGGCAACUUUCCCUCGAUAAAGAUGUACCGACUUACAAACAGUUUAUUGACUUUCUAGAAAAACGUUGUUUAAUGUUAGAAUCAUUAAGUUAUAUGUCGAAUAAUAAAACAUCAAAUGAAGGAAAGGUUUAUCAUAAACAAAAUAAUUAUUUCAACAAAUCAAAGACUGUUUCUCACAUAACCACUAAUAAAAAACAAGCAUCUUGUUCAAUGUGUAAAAAAUCAUCUCAUGUAAUUUUUCAGUGUAUAGAUUUUUUGAAAAUGUCAAUUCCCGAGCGUAUAGCGCAAGUUAAACGUCUUAAAUUAUGCAUCAAUUGUCUCCGAGAAAAUCAUCAGGUUGCUACAUGUCGUACCAGUCAUAAAUGUCAAGCUUGUAACAAAAAACAUAAUACGUUAAUACAUACAGACGAAGCUGACGCCGAUGAAAAUAGUUCAGUAACUUUAAGUAAUCAUUCUUCUAGUUUAUUAAAAUGCUCAGAUUCCGUUUUACUAUCAACGGCUAUAGUUCUUAUUAAAAAUGCUAAAAAUGAAUAUGAAACUUGUAGAGCUUUGUUGGAUCCAGGUUCUAUGUCCAAUUACAUAACUGAACCGAUGAUUAAAAAGCUAAAAUUGAAUACGGAACAAAUAAAUAUUCAAAUUAAGGGUUUAAAUGGAGCGGCAAGUUCUUCUCAAAAGCAAGUUUUAGAUGUGGGUAUAAAAUCUAUUUAUAAUGCGUACUCAACCAAAAUAAAUUGCAUCGUGGUGAACAAAAUAACCGAAAAUCUUCCGUUAGUGUCUAUCAACCCCUCAUCUUUGGAAAUUCCCAAAAUCAUAAAAUUAGCAGAUCCCAAGUUUUUCGAGUCGGGUACAAUAGAUCUUUUGAUAGGAGCCGGCCUUUUUUGGAAUUUACUUUGCAUAGGCCAAUUGUCCUCGCCGGGCAGUGGGUUAAUAUUUCAAAAAACACAUUUAGGGUUUAUUGUGGGAGGCCCUCUCGGUACCAUAAACUUACCGACAAAUUUUACAACAUGCAAUAUUUCCAUAUCCGGACCCGACCCCGGCUUAGAAAUACAGGCAAGAAAGAUUUGGGAAUUGGAAAAACCAGUAAUUACGGCGGAUUACGAUAAGAAUGCGUCUAACGAAGAAGAAAUUCUUUGUGAAACCCACUUCCGGGAAACUGUCCAACGGGACCAUGACGGGCGAUUUAUUGUACGGUUGCCCAUUAAAAAUAACAAAAUAAAUAUUGGUAAUUCACGAAAUGCAGCUCUCAAACGCUUUUUCAGUCUUGAAAGGAAUUUGAUCAAAAACCCACACGUUAAAACAAAUUAUGUAGAUUUCAUGUUAGAAUACCAAAAUUUAAAUCAUAUGGAAUAUUUAAGCCAACCACCCAACGACAACAAUUGCGUUUAUUUGCCUCACCACGCCGUGCAAAAGGAGUCUAGUACGACAACAAAAUUAAGAGUUGUUUUUGACGCGUCGGCAAAAACUUCAAAUAAACAAAGUCUAAACGAUAAUUUGCUAGCUGGGGCGGUAUUACAACAAGACCUAUUUUCAAUAAUAGUACGCUUUAGAACAUUUCAGUACGUGUUAAACGCUGAUAUAGCGAAAAUGUAUCGUCAGAUUAAGAUACAUCCCAACGAUACGAAUUAUCAAUUAGUUCUUUGGCGGAAUCAUCCAUCCGAACCACUAAAUACGUAUCGUCUUUUGACACUAACAUAUGGUACUAAACCGGCAAGUUUUAUUGCUACGCGGUGUUUGAAGGAGUUAGCUGAUCAAAACCAAGCUAGGUACCCUGUCGCGAGCGAAAUCAUUCGUCGAGAUUUUUAUAUGGACGACCUUUUAACCGGGGUUGACUCGAUCGAAGAUUUAACUAAAAUAAAAAAUGAUUCAAACGAACUAAUAAGUGUUUUUUCUAAUAAUGAUAAUUACCAUGAUUCGAACCUACAAUUGCAUAAGGAUAAAUUUACAAAAAUUUUAGGUUUGUAUUGGAACCCUACCGUCGAUAAUUUAAAUUACGAGAUUAUACUGAAAAAUAUACCUAAUAAAGGUUGCUCGGACCCAUCAUAA